AUGUUUGCCACGCGGUCUCUGCGGAUGUUCCGCCAGACACCUCGCUUGAUGCGGCCGGUGCCGAAGGAGGAACAGUCUGGACACACUAUCUCGCAGCGUCUGCGCCGCCUGAAGAGAAUCCCGCCCGAGCUGUGGCCUCUCGGCAUCGUCGUUGCCUUCGCCGUCGGAGCGGCUGGCUACUCGAGUCUGCGUCACUUCAUGGUCGACGGGACUAUCCGCCUGAAGAGGCAAAACCGCGCGGCCGAUGACCACCAUCAGGGAGAGCACCACUAA